UCUCCUAGUGAUGACGUAGACCUCCGUCACUCAGCGGUGACAAAGUGGGCACGAGGAUCAAUCACAAGAGUUGUUUUUAGUGCUUUUAGGCGUCUUUUUCGGAGCUAAAUCUUUUAUAAAACAAACAGAAAGGUCUGCUGGGGGCGGGGUCAGCGUCUAAGCCACCUCACCUGGAUGUUUUGUCAGGUACAGAUGUUUUUUUCUUUAAAAACCUGAAUCCAUUUGUUUAGAUUUCAUCAGCUACAACAAGAAUUGCAUUGUUAAACUAUGCAUUUCACUUAAAGAAGCUCCAGGAACUCCGUCCUGGUUGUGCAGAAAGCAGAACGGAUCCAUGAGAGCAUGGCAGCAGCAGCAGAUCAGCCCUGCGUCAGCGCUGCAGAGUCAGAGACACGGAGUGAGAUGAUGGCGGAAGAGGAGGGAAAGAGCUCGGCUCUGGAUGAGGACGAAGCAUCCGGAGACGAUCAGCCUUCAGAACAAAAGAAAACCACAACUUCCUGUCAGGGCAGGAAGUGCGUCCCAGGUAUAGUUUACCUGGGUCACAUUCCUCCAAGGCUCCGCCCCAAACACCUGAGGAACAUGCUGUCGGUGUACGGAGAGAUCGGACGGGUCUUCCUGCAGCCUGAAGACCACCAAGUCAGGAAGAGGAAGAAGAAGUCUGGGCUGCGGCGGUGCGACUUCACCGAAGGCUGGGUGGAGUUCAGGGACAAACGAGUGGCUAAAAGGGUGGCGGCGUCUCUCCACAACACGCCCAUGGGAACCAGAAAACGCCAGCGGUUCUCCUCAGACCUGUGGUGCAUCAAGUACCUGCACAGGUUUCAGUGGACUCACCUGAGCGAGCGGCUGGCCUAUGAGCAGACGGUGUUACAGCAGCGACUGAGGACAGAAGUCUCUCAGGCGAAGAGGGAGACCAACUUCUACCUGAACAACGUGGAGAAGAGUGCCCGCAUGGAUGACAAGGGGCGGAAGAGGCGGAGCCAAGCAGAACAGGUGGACACUAAGCUGUGGGAGUUCACACAACAUCAGACGGAGGAGGAGAUCCAGAAGAAGAAGAAGAAGCAGAAGGACUCCAUUACCCAGAAGAACCAGGAAAAAGCGCAGCUCAUUCAGCAGAAGAGCCAAUCAAACGUGUCGCUGUUGUGCAAGAUAUUCAGCUCCAACCAGUCACAGUGAGGUCGUGGGUCAGCUCGGUUUCCAUAGAAACCAAAUACAAAUCAAACCUAGACCCCACCCCCAUCUCCAGUUCUUUUUACCAGUCUGGACUGCUUCUGAAUCGAUUGAACUGUUUGAUGCUGUUAAUAAAAAUCCAUAUGUAUAUUUACA